AUGGGAGCGCAGCUGUCUCUAAUAGCACAUACGGCACCAUCGAUAGCUAUCUCGUCGUAUAUCGAUGUACUCGAUGAAAUUCAUUAUCUAUCCCAGCUAAAUUCAUCCCGAUUCCUCAAAACGUGCAAAGCACUAGACCCUAACGGAGAAGUACUCAUUAAAGUGUUCAUAAAGCCGUCUGAUGACUACAAUUUAGCAGAAUUGCAAAGCACUCUGAGGAAAGAAGCACAAGUGUUGGCUCAACUACCGAAUGCCCUAAAUUACAGUAAAAUUGUGGAGUCCGACAGAGCAGGUUACCUGAUAAGACAGCAUUUAAAAUCUAGUGCGUACGAUCGACUAAGUUCAAGGCCCUUUUUCGAAACGAUUGAGGCCAAGUUCAUAGUAUUUCAAUUGCUUCGAGCUUUGGAUGACAUUCACACCCGAGGCGUGUGUCAUGGAGACUUGAAACUUGAAAAUUUAUUGCUCACCAGCUGGAACUGGCUAGUGGUAACAGACUUUUCAAGUCACAUCAAACCCACAUAUUUGCCAGCAGACAACCCGGGGGAAUACUCUUUCUAUUUUGACACUUCCCAACGGCGGAGCUGCUAUAUUGCACCUGAAAGGUUUGAUUCAACCAAGUACCAAGAUAAAAAUAAAACCGAUGCAAACCUUACAUGCGAAAUGGAUAUCUUUAGCGCUGGUUGUUGCAUAGCAGAGAUUUUCGCGGAAGGUAAUUGUAUAUUCAAUCUUUCUCAAUUAUUCAGGUAUCAGAAUGGCGAGUAUGACCCGAAAGAAUUCUUGGACAGUCAUUUGGAUGACCCACUCCUCAAAGAACUUAUUAUGAGCAUGAUUUUACGAGACCCACUCAAGAGAAUUAGCAUAAAAUCAAUUCUAAGGAAAUAUCGUGGCUCUAUCUUUCCCGAGCAUUUCUAUGACUUUUACUAUGAUUUCUUUAGACAAGUCGCAGCAAUAGAUGGGGGUAUUCCUUUGGCGGGCAAAAUAUGCAGCACUUUGCAACUGUCUAAUUUAUCCUUCGACAUGGACAAGAUAGUGCAGAACAUUUACAACGAUCUACCGAGAAUAUACUCUAUUCUCAAUUAUCCGUUGGAAAAGUCAUCAAGGCGCGAUGGAAAAAAAGGAGGCGGGCAACAUAUGGAACUAACAUUGAAUGCACUUGGCACGAUUAGACUUCGAAACUACGGCGCGGGGAGCUCUUCAGUGGCUGAUGAGUCCUCCCUUUUGACUUUGUCACUUCUUUUGCAUACUCUAAGGGUAAUUAAGUCGACUCCUGUAAAAUUGAAGUGUAUGGAGCUUGUUGCUACACUAUCCCAAUAUAUUUCAGACAGCAAUAAACUUGAUAGAGUUAUUCCGUUUAUUGCUUCAAUGUUUUUUGACGAGUGUUCAAGCGUCCAGGCCCACUCCAUUCACAUACUUUCCCAAAUCCUAGCACUCACAACAAGUGUCAACAGAAUAAACGAAGCAUUGUUUACAGAUUUUCUCAUUCCUCGCCUGAAGAAGCUAACACAAAUCGCAAAACACAAUGAAUACGUUAGGAUGGCUCUGGCAGAGGAAUUAGGUGAAAUAGCCAGAUCAGCAAGUAGAUUCCAAGACGCGUCUUUUACUCUAAGUAUGGGGGAUGAUUAUUCCACUGAGCUUUCGGAGUCUGUCAGAAAGCAAAAGCGCAAGCUGAUUCACGGAUUUGAAGAAAUCACAGUGGUAUUAUUGACAGAUAGUCAAGCUAGUGUGAAAGUAGCCUUACUUUCAGAUAUACUUCCCCUCUGCAGUCUCUUUGGCAGAGAGAAAACAAAUGAUGUUAUCUUGAGUCAUUUAAUAACGUACCUCAAUGACAAGAAUGCUUCACUCAGAAUUCAGCUCAUCAAGGCCAUCACUGGCAUUGCAGUUCUUUUGGGACCGAUCACUUUAGAACAGUACAUUCUACCACUACUAGUUCAAACUGUUACUGACUCAGAGGAGCUUGUUGUGGUCAUGGUAUUGAAAAGUCUCAGGACACUUAGCAAUGUUGGUUUAGUACAGAAGCGUUUUUUUUUUGACAUUGCUAAAAUUGUUUCAGCUCUUUUACUGCAUCCAAAUAUUUGGAUCAGACAAUUUGCUCUCGCGCAACUUGUUGAGAUCUCAAACAAACUCUCCAGGGCGGAGGUGUACUGUCUUCUUUAUCCCGUCAUAAAACCGUACUUUGAAUUUGAUGUUCAGCUUACUUGGGAGUCUAUGAUUUCAAGCUGUAAAAAGCCGAUAUCGAGAACAGUCUACAAUCUUUUGUGCACUUGGUCACUACGCUCAUCUAAUAGUCUUUUUUGGAAACAAGUACCUAGCAAACAUAAGGACUCAUUUGGAAACAACAGUACAGUCUUCAUCAACAAAAACUACACCGCAAAAAACUAUGGCUUGGCAGGCGACUACAAACUCUCUAAAGUCCCCAUUAAAUUGGAAGAUAACAGAGAAAUUUUGGUCACAAAUGAAGACAAAGGCUGGCUUGAAAAGAUCAAAACCGUAGGUUUGAAGGAAACGGAAAUUUGGAAGAUCGCAGCUCUGAGAGGGUAUGUUUUUCGCGUUGCAAAAAUGAUUGCACGUAAGCCUGAUGCUAUCAUACCUAGUAAUCCGCUUUUGGAGAAUGGCAUUACUUCCAGAAAAGGCCUCAGUUCAUAUAGGCUACCGAGAAAUGUUUUCUUUGACGUCUUGUUUGUCAAUAAUGGUGCACAACUAAAUGAGAGCACUCAUGUAAUUGUAAAACGAAGUGGGAUCAGUGGGCAGCCUCUUACGACGGCUUUCCAUAGUCUUUCACAGAGCAAAUCCAUUGAUUUGACAAAGUCAAUACAGCUCAACACAAAAGCCGCGCCAUCUCUCACAUCAAACUUAGACAAUGUCUAUGUUCAAUUAGAAGGCUCUAGACUAAAGCCUCAAAUGAUAAAAAGCUCCCCUGCAAAUGAAAGUGACAUCAAUCCAUCAAUGUACAUCAUAAAAAACAGCUAUGAGGGACACGACCCAUACAUUGAAUUAUACUUGCGCAGCAUUGACGUGAAGCCCACUUUCAAGAGUUUCCCAGAGUUUGGUCACAUUUCUAGUGUGAGGACGGAGGCCAUUGGAAAAGGCUUUAUAAAAUCAUUUUCUCGAUUCAAAUUUCUAUUACAAGUGACAGAACACAGGUCCACAAGUAUCAAUGUUGUUGCUGCUAGUCCUCAUGAUCCGUACGUACUCAGUGGAUCUGAAGAAGGCGCAAUAAAGUUGUGGAAUAUAACUAAAAUUUUAGCCGGAGUAACUUUUGGCUCGUCUUUUACUCUAGAAACGAGCUCGGCUAUUAUGGACAUCAAACCCUUUCCCGGUUUUGAUCUCUUCACAGUUGCCUGUAAAGAUGGAACUGUGCUUUUGGUCAAAGUUAAUUUUAGAGAGAGCAAGGGUUUCAAAACGUUCACAGCUCUGCAGGUAGUACGAAAGCUUAAGCUAGAGCGUUCAUCGGAGCACGUUAUCCAACUUUCUGUAAUUCCCGGCGAUGUGAAUCCCGUAAUAUUUGCACUGACUAAUACCUCAACCGUUGUCUUGAUUGACCCCAGGUUCAUGUCAGUAAUUAGAAGAAUUGAAAAUGAUCCAUUACACGGAGCGGUGCUUUGUUUUGCAAUUGGUCAUGAUAAGACUUCAAUAAUUCUUGGCAGCUCACGAGGAAUUGUGGAUAUUUGGGACUCAAGGUUUGGAACUUUGGUUCACAGUUGGACGUUUUCCGAUGGUUCUCCAAUAACCGAGAUGGCGCUUUACCCAUCACUGGUAAAACGUGAAGAAAAAACUGUUCUGAUCGUCGGAGGUUCCAAUGCUUGUAUUUUUACGGUGUGGGACUAUGCCAAAAAACAGUGCAGGCAACUUGCAUUGAAAGGCGAAUCAGCUCCACCGAUUGCAGAAUUUAUACCUAAGAGCGUGACAAGCGAAAGUUUGACAGUGUUCUCGGAACCUGUGAGCACCAGCGUUGUCACCUCGCUUACAUUGGAAGGGCAUAAUGUCUUAGUUUCAGAGACUGAGACAAAUAGUAUUCUGUGCUUUAAUCCAAGAGACAAGACAAUGACACCAGUAGUCUCAGAUCAAGCUGCAGGAAUGCUCAACUUCAAGCCUGUGCAGCUAACUGCAAAUACUACAGCUUUGAUAAAGCAAAGGGCUCCUACAGAAAAACAGAGCAGAAACAAUUUACUGAAUUUCCAUAACGACAGUAUAAGCUCAAUAACAAUCGCCAAGAGUAGAGCUGACCGUCUACUAGUUUCCGCUGACCGCUCUGGAGUUAUAAAUUUCUACAAGUAG